UGACUGAAACAAAAUUCACAAAAAUGACUGAAACCAAAGUUAUUUAUCAUAUCGAUGAUGAAGACACUCCUUAUUUGGUUAAAAUUAAUGUUAGUCCUGAAAAAGUCACGUUACUUGAUUUUAAAAAUGUGUUAAAUCGCCCAAAUUAUAAAUUCUUUUUCAAGUCAAUCGAUAAAGAUUUCGGUGUUGUGAAAGAGGAAAUUUGUGAGGAUUCAGCUCAUUUACCAUGUUUUAAUGGACGAGUUGUUAGUUGGUUGGUUUCGGCAGAAGGUUCGAAUCAAUCCGAUGGUGCAUCACAGUGUACGGAUAAUCCAACACAACCGGUUAUCGGUUCACAAACUGAGACAGAGAGUGUGGCUAGUUCAAGAUUAACUUCGAGGAAUCGACAUAAAUAUAAUGGAUUACGACAUGAUACAGCGUCGGUGCUUAGCUCUGAAUUGGAUACAACGAGUUUUCUCGAAACGGAAUCAGCAAUUACGGAAUGUUCUUCGAUGAGUCGAUUACAUGUUUCGGGAAGAAAAAGGCCCCAGCGACGACGAAAACCUAGAUUACAAGCAAUGUCACGCACUAGUUCUUAUUCGAGUAUAACGGAUUCAACAAUGAGUUUAAAUAUAAUUACGGUUACGUUAAAUAUGGAUACGGUUAAUUUUCUGGGUAUUUCUAUUGUGGGACAAUCGAAUCGUGGUGGUGAUGGUGGAAUUUAUGUUGGAAGUAUUAUGAAAGGUGGUGCUGUAGCUUUAGAUGGGCGUAUUGAACCUGGUGAUAUGAUUUUGCAAGUAAAUGAUGUCAAUUUUGAGAAUAUGUCGAAUGAUGAAGCAGUGCGAGUCUUGAGGGAUGUGGUACAGAGGCCAGCUCAACCAAUUAAACUAGUCGUUGCCAAAUGUUGGGAUACACAACCAAAAGGUUAUUUUACAAUACCACGAGUAUCCGAAGAAGCAGUACGACCAAUAGAUCCAGCUGCAUGGGUUGCACAUACCGUACACGCAUCCUCACAACCAUCACAUUUAGGUAUGCGACCACAUAGUUCUACAAGUCUUAGUUCAACAAUUAUUGAAGAACCGGAUUCGGCAUUGUUACCAAUGGGCAGUGGAGUAGUUCCAUUAAGUGUAUCAUCGGAUAUGUUAACAGUUGGCCGAGCAAUGGCUGCACCAAACAGUGGUCUUGAGAUACGUGAUCGAAUGUGGCUUAAAAUAACAAUUGCACAAGCAUUUAUCGGUGCUGAUUUAGUUGAUUGGUUAAUUACGAAUGUACAAGGUUUACAGGAACGGCGAGAUGCGAGAAAAUAUGCUGCACAUAUGUUACGCGCAGGUCUAAUACGUCAUACAGUGAAUAAAAUGUCAUUUAGUGAACAAUGCUACUAUACUUUGGCGCCUUUAGAGACGCUACAGGGUUGUACAAGUGCCAUGUCUAGUUUAACACUAGAUGGCGGUAUCGGUAUAGAUGGCGAUAACGAUUCUGUAGGUCCGUUACCGCAUCAUGCCGCUAUUGGAGGAUAUACAGCCAGUUGUUAUAAUCCAUUAGCUGAAUAUCAACCAAUUAGUUAUUACGGUGGUGGAGGAAUUUCCCAAGAACCUACUUUAUAUGGAUAUCAUCGGGGUAGAGAUGAUUCUCCAAGUAGUGAAGGCAGUCUAAAAGAGCGAAAUAAAUCUGGUACACCAACUGCAUCAACUGUAUCCGAAACAGAUACAGUUGCAACAGCAACACAGAUUGCCGGUAGUGGGGGUAGUGGUAACAAUGGUAACGGUUCAUCUGGACGCGGUAGUAGAAGUUCAGCUGAAUCGGACAAGAGCACCGGCAAAGGUGGAGGUCUAAUCGGGGGCGGUCAUAUGCUUACAAGCGGACAAGAUAAAAAUCAUCAGAAAAAUCAACAAUCUCAAGAUAUAAAUGGUAGCCGUCACAGUUUUAAAUUAGCAAUGGGUAACCCUUGCGAAAUGUUUGUAGAUGUCAUGUAGUAGACUUAUCACUCUUUUGUUUUUUUGUGCUAUUACUUUUUUUGAUUUUCCGUUGUGUUUUUCCAACUUUUUUUUUUGUUUGUUUUGCUAAUCGUUUUUAAUUUUUUGAGGCAAACCUAAAUCAGAAAAGUAGGUUUUCGUUUUAUUUAUCAUCUUUUUGAUUUAGAUUUUCCUGCAUAAUGAUUUUGUUAGAGAAACUCAGGGUUUGUACAAUUCAGAUAAAUUUGGGAUAAGCUUUUUUGAAAAGUGUCAAAGUCAAACUUAAGAAUGUAUUUUUUGCGUUAAAAAAAAUGCGAUACUUAUACAAGGUGUUCUGUAACUCGAUGGCCAUAGUUUAAGAGCGUAUUCUUUUGAUAAUUUGAAGUCGAAAGUGCCCUAUAUACUUUUGUCCAAAACCCAACAGUUAAGGAGUUAUGUGCACUAUUAAAUUUGACUAAAACUUUUAAACUAUAGCCAUCGAAUCACAGAACACCCUGUAUAUGCUAAUUUAUAUUAAUAUGUCGUAUUUUAUUUGGACGAGAAUAUAUUUACUUUAAGAACUUUGUGUAUGUGUAGAUUUUUUAUCCGAUCUGUCUUUAAUUCUAAUGGAAAUCAAUCGAAAUAUUUUAGUCGUACAAGCUCUUAGAAAACAUGGUAAAAAUUGAGAAUUCUAGAAGACUAAUUGUACAAAUGCUGAAAGGGGGAUCAUUUAAGUAUUACACCCCUCCCCCGAGUUUCUUAUUUUUGAGCCUCGUUCACUAAACAGCUUCGAUUUAUUAAGGCGACUUUCUCAUUUAGAAAAGUUUUAUACAAGUGUGUCUAAAAAUUUCAAAAUACAAUCUAUUUUUGGGGUGAAUUUGCCCCCGUACAAACAAAGGAUCGAUAGUUUUCGAACUUUUUAGAGGUUGAUUGUCUAGUUUUUAUUAUAAACGAAUCGAAAACCUUUUGCUUUUUAAAAAUCGGUCACGUAGGCUACGAGCAAAACGUUGUACUAAUUUGGAAAACGAGGCUUCGAUUCAGAUUCCGUUUAUACGUACUUUUUUCUACUUCGAAUUUCUUUAUAAGAUUUUAGUUGAGCGUUUCUAUGAAUUUUUGUAAAAUUUCAAAUGAGAAAGUCCUUCUUAAACGACCAAAUUUGUCUAGCUAAAGUAAACAUCAAAAUAUGAUAUGUCGGAUUGGCUGUCUAGUGAUGGAGAGAGCGGGGGGAUCUACGCUUACAUAUUUUGGAUCGUAGAAUGUUUAACAAUUUCGUUGCUACAAAAAUUUUAUUAACUCCUCACAUUUGUGCAUGUUCUUUGUUGGAUUUUUUUUUAUAAAAAUUUUUGCAUGUUAUCUCAUUUUUGUGUCUUAAUUUUUUUUUUUGGCAAUCUUUCUUUCCCUUACAGAGAACAUAAAAAUAUUUUGAUUGCAUGAAAAAAAUGCGCGC